UUAUCGUGCUUGUGGGGGAUGAAGAGGUAGCAAUAGAGGCGGAACAGAGCUUGCGAAUAUUACUGUACAAGAGAAAACCGUGCUAUGGACCAAGUGAGGGCUUAGUUUUGCUACAGACUUGAACCAACUCAGAUGAGUGGCAUUUAAAUCAACGAUACCAUGUAGUUGCUUACAUUGUCAUCUAAUUGAGUCAACAACGCGGCUCAAAAACUCAAAUCUCUUGUGCCAAAUAAGUGUAGUCGUUUUGUCAUCAUCUUUACUUGUACUGACAGCUCAUCUUGUGACGUUGUAUGUUGGCAAAAAAAAAAAAUUCAACUAUCAUGACAGUGAACUUCAACGCUCUCUGGUUUUUUUUUCUCUUCAUUCCCAGACUCAUCAGUCUCUCUCAUGCAUCAGAAGAGGAGAUUUCAAGCAAACGUGACUGCAAGCUGGAGGGGUUGCAUCCUUUCCUUAUCAUUACUUAUAAAAACAUCACAAUAUCAGCGGACAAGAUUACUAUUCCACAUAGUGAGAGAGUCACAAUGAGAUGUCGAGAAUUAGGAAAAUACAAACUUGUUGGUGAUCCAUUUCUACAGUGUAGAAAUGGUGAAUGGAGUUCCAAACAACCUUAUUGUUUACCCACCACUUCCAUUUCUAAUUACACUGAUAACGUACCUCCAACGAUUUUGUUUGGAUUACCAACAGGAUCAGCAGCAAUUGAGCCUUCAGGAGCUUUGGCAGUGUUUCCUGGAAGUAUUCUACACCUCGAGUGUUUAUUUGCUAGACGAAUGGGUAAUCCUGAAUGGACAUGGACUUCAAGCUUUCGUCAAUACCUUACAGGCUGGGCUAUCGCUGCAUCUGAGAAAGAUUGGAAAUACAGAUUAUCGAUAUAUUACGUGAAAAACCAAGAUUCUGGUACCUACACUUGUUCAACACCAAAAGGUCUAACGAAUUCGAUUCGUAUCAACGUCGUGGACAUCCACUGUCCUACGUUGAGUUCUAUCACCUCACCUAUGACCGCUAAGAUUCAAGGUACAAGAAUGGGACACAAGGCUGAGUUUAGAUGUCCUGAUGGUUAUAGACUGGAAGGCUCAAGAGUCUUGAGUUGCCAAUACAACGGAAGAUGGUCGAACGAGGUACCACGAUGUGAACGGAUACUUUGUCCUGAGAUAGUUGCGUCAAAUGCUCGACUCCAAAUUUUAGAGCAUAACAAUACUGUUGGUGGUAGAGCUUCAUUUACAUGCAUGUGGGGGAAUAACCUCGAAGGACCUCCAACAAUCACCUGUAAAGAAGACGGCACGUGGAACGCAUCAAUUCCAAUUUGUUCACAAAUAAUUUGUCGUCCACCUCCUGCUCCAAAGAAUGGAAAGAUAAUUGAGCAAGGAAAAACACAUUCCGGAAAACAAAGAAGAACGCGCGUCAAGAAAGUUGGAUCUCUUUUGAGGUUCGCGUGUCUGCCUAGUCAUCAACUACUUGGGGAGGCAUCGAUUAUCUGUACGGAAAAUGGAACUUGGUCUCACAACCCUCCUACAUGUGAAGUGAGGUGUCCUUAUCCAGGCGAUCCGCCGCAUGGAAAAAUAGCUCCUUUGAAAUUUUGGUACAAACCUGGCGAUACGAUUCAAGUAACGUGUUCUCCAGGCUAUGUUACACCCCUACAACCAGUGAAAAGGCCUACAUGUCGAGAGAAUGGAGUGUGGAGUGGUCCACCACCACCAUGCAGAUCUUACAGAGAUGUUUGAAAGUUAAAAGCAUUUUAAAGAAAAUGAAGCGAGAUAAUGUCACACAAAAAAAGAGUUUAUCGUUAAUUAAAACUCACUACGCCGAUACGGCAUAAAUUAUACAUGAAAAAACAAAAAUUGAAUGAAAAAAAAUGAUGUUUUCCACAAAA